AUGCACUCAUCGUCCCCCACCCACCCCUGCUGCCUUCGCUCCGUUCCCCUGCCGCUGGCGUCUGCCGCAGGCGGCCGCAUCUUUGAGGCCACGGCCGGCAACACGGGCCUCGCGCUGGCGCUGGUCGCGGCGCGGCGCGGGUACCGGCUGACAGUCGUGGUGCCUGACAAGAUGAGCGACGAGAAGAUCGCCUCGCUGCGCAGCAUGGGCGCGGAGGUUGUGCUGACCAGGAGCGACGUCGGGAAGGGUCACCCCGAGUACUACCAGGACCUGGCAGAGCGCCUGGCCAGGGAGGCACAGGAGGAGACCGGGGAACCGGCGGUGUUCAUCAACCAGUUUGCAAACCCGGCCAACCCCGCGGCGCACUUCGAGGGCACCGGGCCGGAGAUCUGGCAGCAGAUGGGCGGCCGCGUCGACGCCUUUGUCGCCGGCGUCGGCUCCGGCGGCACGCUCGCCGGCGUCGGCGCAUUCCUGCGCGCCCGCAACCCCGCCGUCGAGCUCGUCCUCGCGGACCCGGACGGCUCGAUCCUCGCGCCGCUCGUGAAGUCGGGGUCCUGCGGCGCCGCGGGCUCGUGGCUGGUCGAAGGCAUCGGCGAGGACUUCGUGCCCUCGAACCUGGACCUGAAAAUCGUGUCGUCCGCAUACACAGUGUCGGACGCCGAGGCGUUUGCAGCUGCCCGGCAGCUGCUGCUGCUGGAGGGCGUGCUCGCGGGCGGCAGCGCGGGCGCGCUGCUGGCCGCGGCGCUGCGGUACUGCCGGGAGCAGACGGCGCCGAAGCGGGUGGUGACCAUCGUGUGCGACGCGGGCAGCAGGUACCUGUCCAAGCAGUUCAACGACCACUGGAUGGCUGAGAACGGCCUGGUGCCGCGCGCCAAGACGGGGGACGUGCGGGACCUCAUAGCGCGGCGCCACCUGGAGGGGGAGGACAUCUGGGCCAACCCCGAGUUGCCCGUGGACCAGGCCAUCCGCAGGGAGCAAGGGCGUGGCACGGCGCUGAAGACGCCCUCCGCGCGCGAAAAGGCUGCGACGGCCUUGGGAUCAUGGGCAGGCAGAGGGGGGGCCCAAACACGCCCGCCGCGCGCCUAG